AUGGCUGCAAAAUUCGUUGCUUGCCUGGCUGGCAUUGCCGCCGUGGCCUCGGGACAGGAACUCAUCACGGACGACACGUUCUUCUACGGACAGUCACCACCUGUAUACCCUUCUCCCAAUGCCACGGGCACCGGGGACUGGUCCGAGGCCAUCGGCAAGGCCAAGGCGUUGGUCGGCCAGAUGACCCUCGAGGAGAAGGUUCUCCUGACUGGCGGCGUCACCUCCAACACUGGCUGCGCUGGUUGGAUCUCCAACAUCACCCGUCUCGGAUUCCCGGGCAUGUGUCUCCAGGACGCAGGAAACGGACUGAGGUCUACCGACUUUGUCACUGCCUGGUCUUCUGGCAUCUCGGUGGGCGCUAGCUGGAACCGUGAGCUCGCUCUUCAAAGGGCAGAGGGCAUGGGCUCCGAGUACCGCACAAAGGGUGUCAACAUCCUCCUCGGCCCGGUCGUCGGACCCCUGGGCCGAAUCGCCAACGGUGGUCGCAACUGGGAAGGCUUUUCCAACGACCCCUACCUCUGCGGUCAGCUUGCUGCCGAGACUGUCAAGGGCAUACAGUCUCAGGGAGUGGCUGCAAGCACAAAGCACUUCAUUGCCAACGAGCAAGAGGACUACCGCAACCCCUCCACCGCAACAAUUGCCAUCGGCAACGAGGGACAAGAUCAGAACAGUGCUGUCAACAUUUCUGCCUUGUCGAGCAACAUUGACGACAAGACCAUGCAUGAACUGUACCUGUGGCCUUUUGUUGAUACCGUCAAGGCCGGCACCGGAAACAUCAUGUGCUCGUACCAGCGCAUCAACAACUCGUACGGUUGCCAGAACAGCGCUGCCCAGAACGGGCUGCUCAAGACCGAGCUGGGCUUCCAGGGCUUUGUCGUCUCUGACUGGUAUGCCCAGCACGCCGGUGUCGGAACCGCACUCGCAGGCAUGGACAUGGUGAUGCCCAGCGGUAUUCCCAUGUGGGACAAGCACCUGGUCGAGGCCGUCAACAACGGUUCAGUCCCCGAGGUCAGGCUUGAUGAUAUGGUCACCAGGAUCCUCAGCAACUGGUACAAGUUCAACCAGGACAAGGACUUUGUGCCAGGCGUCGGCAUGUUUGGCGACAUGACCAAGUCUCACAAGAAGGUUGUUGGCCGCAACCCGGCCUUCAGGGAGGCCGUCUACCAGUCGGCGGUCCAGAGCCACGUGCUCGUCAAGAACACCAAGAACGCCCUCCCGCUCAAGAGCCCGGAGCUCAUCUCCCUGUUUGGCUACGCCGCCAAGGCAACCGACCAGCAAAACAUCGGCACGCCGGGCUGGAACCUCGGAUCCCAGUCGGUCAACUGCGCCGACCGCUUCUUCGGCUGCAACGGCACCAAGUCCCAGAUCGGGCCGCUGGGUAUGCUCUACAGCGGCGGUGGAUCGGGAGGAAACAUGCCCGCGUACGGCGGCUCGCCCUUUGAGGCCCUGAGCGUCCGCGCACGCAAGGACGGCACCCACAUGCUCUGGGACUUUUCGAGCUUCAACCCCACCAUCAACUCCAACUCUGACGCCUGCAUCGUGGUCGGAAAUGCAUGGGCAACCGAAGGCUGGGACCGCCCCGGCCUGCAUGACGACUUCACCGACGGCCUGGUCCUCAACGUGGCUGCCAACUGCUCAAACACCAUCGUGGUGCUGCAAAACGCCGGCGUGCGCCUGGUCGACCAGUUCGCCGACCACCCCAACGUCACGGCCAUCAUCUUUGCCCACCUGCCCGGCGAGGACGCAGGGUACGCCUUGACGGACCUGCUGUACGGCGAGGAGAACUUUAGCGGCAAGAUGCCCUACUCGGUGCCGCACAACGAGACGGACUACCGCGGGCUGCAGAACCAGUCGAUCGCGGACGGCAUGUACGAGCGCUUCCCGCAGAGCGACUUUAGCGAGGGCGUCUUUAUCGACUACCGCGCCUUUGACAAGGAGGGCGUCGAGCCGCGGUACGAGUUCGGCUUCGGCCUGAGCUACACCAACUUUAGCUACUCGGACGUGCAGGCGGCCUGGACCGGCCCGGAGCUGUCGGCGGCCGAGUACCCGUCGGGCCCGAUCCAGGAGGGCGGGCACGUGGACCUGUUCGACGUGGUGGCGCGCGUCUCGGCAAAGGUGGCCAACACGGGCGACGUGGCCGGCGCCGAGGCGGCGCAGCUCUACGUCGGCAUCCCCGAGGAGGGCGCGCCCGUCCGCCAGCUGCGCGGCUUCGCCAAGCCGUCGCUCGAGCCCGGCGCCGAGGCCACGGUCGAGUUCGAGCUGACCAGGAGGGACCUGAGCGGCUGGGACGUCGCCGCCCAGGCCUGGAGGCUGCACCCCGGCGAGUACAAGCUGUGGGUCGGCGGCAGCAGCAGGAACCUGCCGCUCGAGGCGAGCCUGCAGCUCACGAGGUAGUUUCUUUUGUGAGAUUGGGCGAUGAGAGCAGCAGGGUUGCCGACCGACUUGUUGAGGCUUUGAGGGUUUGAGGUGUCUUUUUGUGGGUUGGCGUUGCGAAAGCGCGCACAUCGGAAUGGGCAGGACCAGAGUCGGGAAAAUGGAUAAAUAUUAAACAGUAAUAUGAGCAGUAAUCAAC